AUGAAAUUAAGUUAACUUAGGUUAUUAUAGAAAACUCCCGACAGCUUGAGAAAACUUUUCACGUCCCUUGCUCCGCACUAUUGCUCCUUCCGGAUGAGGGAUUGCACUCGCUACCUAUAGGUAAAGAUGCUAGGUCACCGUGGUACACGUCGACAGGGUUACCUUUUCCAAAAAUUCAAAAAGAGAAUCUCUGGUCAUUUAUUGACCGAGAUGAAACUUGUAGCCCAGAGUGCAACUCCCGAUAUCGUGCCAGGAAAUGCCCGAUUGGCCAAGCGGACGCCCUCUAGCUUUCUUGAGCUGUCCCUUUCUAACUUCCAAGUUCCAUCCCCAUCGGGGCAAAAUCUUGCCCUAGAUGUGGGCUAGCCUGACAUUCAGCUCCAUCAGACCAAGUAAAACCCGGCCGGACACACACCGAACGUUGCUCUCCCUUCUACAAAAUCCCCCGACUGCAGGUGUUAAGAGGGCAAGCUGGCUCUCCACUCCAUUUUAUACGUAAUAUAAAAAUGACAACACUAAGGCAAUUUUCUCUAUGCGAUAUAUUUAGCUUUAACAAAGUCAACCUUGAUAUCCUUACAGAGACAUAUAACGUCGGCUUUUAUGGCCGCUAUCUUGCUAAAUGGCCAGAAUACUGCAAAGUCGCAGAAGGUCCAACUGGAGAUAUCCAAGGCUACGUCCUCGGUAAAGUUGAAGGCGCGAAGAACUGUGAUAUCAAACGAGACUGGCACGGCCACGUCACAGCUGUAACAGUAGCUCCCACAAACCGACGACAAGGCUUAGCAUCUGCCUUGAUGAAAUUUCUUGAAGACACCACAAUAGCCCAUGACGGCUAUUUCGUCGAUUUAUUUGUAAGGGCUAGCAAUGAGGUAGCUAUAGGUUUUUACCAAAAGUUAGGCUACAUCGUAUAUCGAGAAGUCCGAGACUACUAUUCUCAGCCAGAAGAAGACGCUUACGAUAUGAGGAAAGCAAUGCCCCGAGACAAAGAAAAAAGCACACUGGUAGCGAAAAAGCGAAGCAUUAGUCCUUCAGAGCUGGAAUUUCAUUAA